UGGGAGCCUCUCGUCCUAGGCUCGCUGGCGCUGGGCAGGGGAGCCGUGUACACUUCCAACCCCGAGGUCAAAAUUCCCGAGAAUAAACCCGCCAAGUUGUCCUGCUCCUACUCGGGCUUCUCCUCUCCCCGAGUGGAGUGGAAGUUUGCCCAGGGUGACAUCACCAGCCUCGUCUGCUAUAACAACAAGAUCACAGCUCCCUUUGAGGACAGAGUCACCUUCUCCGACACUGGCAUCACCUUCCACUCCGUGACCCGGAAGGACACGGGGAUGUACACGUGCAUGGUCUCAGAUGAAGGCGGCACCGCCUACGGGGAGGUCAGCGUGCAGCUCAUUGUCCUUGUGCCACCAUCCAAACCCACGGUCACCGUCCCCUCCUCCGCCACCAUCGGGAGCCGGGCGGUGCUGACCUGUUCGGAGGCAGACGGCUCCCCGCCCUCUGAGUACCUGUGGUACAGGGAUGGGGCCCUGAUGCCUCUGGAGCCCAAGAGAAACCGUGCCUUCAGCAACUCUUCCUACAGCCUGAACCCCAAGACAGGGGAGCUGGUCUUUGAUCCCGUCUCGGCCUCUGAUACCGGAGAGUACUCUUGCCAGGCACAGAACGGCUACGGGACACCCAUGAUGUCCGAUGCUGUGCGCAUGGAGGCUGUGGAGCUGAAUGUUGGGGGCAUCGUGGCAGCGGUCCUAGUGACACUCAUUCUCCUUGGAUUCCUGAUUUUCGGCAUCUGGUUCGCCUACAGCCGUGGCUACUUUGACAGAAGGAAGAAAGGGACCGAAAGCAAGAAGGUCAUUUACAGCCAGCCCACCGCUCGGAGCGAGGGGGAAUUCAGACAGACUUCAUCCUUCCUGGUGUGAGCCUCCCUGGUCUCGCCGCCGCCGGGCUCAGGGGCUGCCGGACUCUGGCCCUGAAGCACCGUCCACAGGAGGCCUGGCAUCUUCCAGCCCCGCGGGCCCUCUGUCUUCACCGGGAUGUGUUUUUAAUGUCAGCUCAGUCCCCGCACCCUGCCCUCCUUCCCGCACUGCAAGGCCCCUGGGACAGCCUUCCUGGCCCCAUGGUUCCAGCAGGAGCCUGGCCCUGCCCGCAGCUCCCUGUCCUCGGAGACGCGGGAGCCCAGGGACCCUCAGCUCCUUCCUCCGACGUCCGCCCGCAGUCUAGGGGCGCUGCACAGCUCCAGGGGUGGUUUGCCUCUGAGUCCCCCCGAAGCGCACACCAGCAGACGGACCUCCCUGUGCCUGGAGGAGCCCGCCUGGUUGUGGGGAGCAUCCAAGCUUGCAGGGUGCAAAGCAGAGUCGCAGCGCCCGGCCCUGGAGGAGAAGCUGGAGCUGUGGCCGUGCCCCGUGGGCCCGCGGGUGGGCAGGAGUGUGUGCUCAGGGCUGCCUCGCUCUUCUGUGAGAGUGUGUUGGUGUGUUUGGAUGUUGCUGGAAAUAAAACCUCGGAUGGUGGAAGCUUC